AUGAUGCGUCAUUUUGUCGCAUUUUUGCUACUGUUAUUCGUUUUGGAAAUCUCAGUCGAGGCGUCUAAUUCCGUUCAUGUUUGCUACUUUAACAAUGGAUCUGAGUGCAGAGCACGUUGCAUGAAAAUACUAAAUUGCCGAAACGGACACUGCAAAUUAGGAGCAAUCGGAAAAUUUGUCCAAAUGAGGUGUUACUGUGAGGAUUGUCCCGGUGGUCAACAGACGAAGAACCUGCCUGGGGCUCUGAAUCUUGCACAUAUUUGAGCUUUUUGUGCAAAAUACCAGUAUGAAGUUAUUAUGAUGCGAGUUAGUCAAUGUUCUUACUACACAGCAUUAUUAUUCAGUUAUCGGCAAUUUUCAAA